AUGACAUCUGAUGAGCAAGCUGCCAUGAUACCAUUCUUGCGCUACAACGAGACGCUGGAAGAGUUUCUCGUCGAAUCGAGCGACGAGAAACUGUCAUUCGCGGAUGCAACGCUUGUGGACAUUGACGUGAUUGCCGUGGAGUCGCCGUACGUGGGUGUCGAGUGGAUUCCACCGACGUUCAAUGACGUCAAGCGUUUGUUCUCACAGUUGGAAUCGAGCUCUCUGGAAUGA